CGCGAGGGGGGGACAUGGGCGGGGUAGCGAAACUGGAGUCAGCCAAUAGCUGACGCACUACUCACAGAGGGACGGCUAGGUCACCAAUGGCGGCACGGAUAUGGCGCCAUGGGCGGGGUUUAGGCCAAAAGAGGAGCAGGAGCCGCGCGUGUUAGUGUCGUCCUCACCGUCACGGCGGGCGCCUCUUCCUGGAUUCAUUCAUUCGUUUUUCCAUUCACGAAGGUAGUAAGGCCUAGUUGAAAGCCAUGGAGAGCGCUCUUCCUGUCGCCGGCUUCUUGUACUGGGUCGGCGCAGGCACCGUGGCCUACGUGGCCCUGCGCAUCUCGUACUCGCUCUUCACGGCCCUUCGGGUCUGGGGUUUGAGUCACGAGGCAGGGGUCGGACCAAGACUCGGAGAAUGGGCAGGUUCCAGCCAGCCUGCUGAGGCUGAGACCCAGAGCAUGAGUCACCGAUCAGACGCCAUCCAACUGCCCUGGGGUCAGACGAGCGGUCAGGGCCUCGGAAACCAGGGGGUCCACACCCAGCCCAUGGAGAUGAUGCUGCACUUGAAGCAGGCCAUCGAGAAGCAUAUGGGGCAGCUCGCCACCAGGCACCAGCAGCAGGACCUGGUGCCAGAGGAGGAGAGGCCUUAUCAGGCCACCGGGGAGCAGGAAGCCCUCCUGGGCAACCUAAUGUACCAGUUGGUCAAUCUCCUACAGUCUGGGGCCACGGGUGGCCCGGGGCUCCAACCGUCUUGCCCUUCCCUGGAUGUGAAGGGUGAUGCUAGAGGCGGGCAAUGGCAAUGGGCCCAGUCAUCCAGGCAGCCUGCCCAGCCAGGUUACCAACUGAAUGACCCUGAAGCGACAUUUUUCAGUCAGCACCUGUCUAGCCGUGGGAUCGACAUCUCUGCCUCCUACCAGGCCAGCUUCCGGGACUACAAGAUGUACCAAGGAGAUAAAUACCAUGAGGACAAGAACACCUUGGGCUUCAUUAACCUUGGCCUCAGUGAGAAUAAGCUCUGCCUUGAUCUGAUGACUGAAAGGUUGAGUCAGAGUGAUAUGAAUGUCAUUGAGGAUGUCCUGCUGCAGUAUCCUGAUUGGUCCGGACAGCCAUUCCUGCGGGAGGAGGUGGCCCGGUUCCUGACCUGCUAUUGCAAGGUACCUGCUCAGCUCGAUCCGGAAAAUGUAGUUGUUCUAAAUGGCUGCUCCUCUGUAUUCUCCACACUGGCCAUGGUUCUGUGUGAUGCAGGAGAGGCCUUUCUGACCCCCACCCCCUUCUAUGGCGGCUUCGUCUUUAGUUCCGGCCUGUAUUCGAAAGUUGAGCUGAUUGCUGUCCACCUGGACAGCGAGAGCACAGAUGCGAACCCCUGUCCGUUCCAGCUAACCGUGGACAAGUUAGAGCGAGCUCUGCUCGAGGCGACCCUUGCAGGGAAAAAGGUCAGAGGCCUCAUACUAAUCAACCCUCAGAAUCCCCUCGGAGAUGUCUACUCCCGAGACUUACUGGAAGAAUGCCUGGAAUUUGCCAAGAGGUACAACCUCCAUGUGAUUAUAGAUGAGAUUUACAUGCUGUCUGUGUUUGACGAAUCCAUCACAUUCCACAGCGUUCUGAGCAUGGAAAGUUUGCCUGACCCCAACAGGACCCAUGUGAUCUGGGGCACCAGUAAGGAUUUCAGCAUCUCUGGCUUCCGCUUUGGUGUUCUUUACACGUACAACAAGGAGGUGGCCUCUGCCGUGAGCUCUUUUGGCUAUCUCCACAGUAUCUCUGGCAUUGCCCAGUACAAGCUGUGCCGGCUGCUUCAGGACCGAGAAUGGAUUGACACAGUGUACCUGCCCACUUACCGCUCCAGGCUGCAGAAAGCUCACAGAUACAUUACUAAGAAGCUGAAGGCAUGGGGGAUCCCUUUUCUCAACCGUGGUUCUGGCCUCUACAUCUGGAUCAACUUGCAAGUGUACCUGGAUCCGUGCACCUUUGAGGAAGAGCUGCUGCUGCAUCACCGCUUUCUGGACAACAAGCUUAUGUUGUCCCGCGGCAAGACCUACACGUGUAAGGAGCCUGGCUGGUUCCGCCUUGUCUUUGCAGAUAAGCCCCUCCGGCUAAAACAAGCCAUGCACCGGUUCUACCAGGUGCUGGAGGAGCAGAAGCAGCGUCUGAGAGUGAAGCAGCUGGAGAGCACACAGAGAGAGUAAGCGGUCGGCCUCCCGCCCGGAGGCUGCUGCCAGGCACCUGCUCAGGGACCCCCUGACGGCGGCCACUGGGCCAGAAGCAGGGGUUUGGGCCUGGUGCUGUGACGAGCCACCCAUGGGCUCCUCCAGGAACGGGCUCCUCUGACCCCGUCAUCAACCUUCUCCAGCCGAGCAUCUGUCACUUUGGAAUCUUUGCAGCUUUUUCGUCUUUGCUAGCCGUUGCGGGUGUAUGUGAAAUGUUUUUAUGGGGGUGGGGGUGGGGGCUUG